GACCGGGUGAGCGGAAGCAGGACUGGCAGUACCACGCCUCAGCAGCCCGAGAGCGGCGCUACAGGGAGGAGGUCGUUCUCCCGAGCCUCACGGACGACCAGCUCUGGAGGCUCGACUCGCAGGGAGGCCGCUGCGGCGGACGGCACCUGGCCCUGAUCCCGUCGACACCUGAAAGCACGUUCACGCAAGAGCGCUUCCAGGAACUGCUCCAGAGACGGCCCCGCUUACAGCUGAACGCCACAGCAAGCAGGUGCAACGGGCGCUCCUGCCAGGCCCACUUGGACGAGAGAGGAGGCCGUGUCCGCACCAACGUGUUCCUGCGCGACAUGAACAUCCGGGGCCUGGCUGCCACCGACGGGCGCCGCAUCGAGGUGGUGGCCAGCGGCCCCCCUGCCUACCACGGCAGGCGGCUCGCCAUCAACGCCUGCAUCGUGUCCCUGCUGAGAGUAACCGGCAGGAGCGCGCCGGCAGCGCUGCGAAGGUCGCUUGAGACCGCACUGCUACACAAGUGGAGCGGCAUGUUGGCGUACGCCCUCCACGACGCCCUUGCCCCGAGCCUGCGCGAGGACGUGCCCUCUGAGACGCUAGCGACAGACAGGGAGAAUCCCCAGCGAGGGGACGUUCUGUCG